UUCUGCUUAAUCCAAAUCGCCGCAAUGAAUGAAAUCAAUCACAAAACCGUGUUUGUGUUAGACCACACGCCUUACUUCGGCAUAUCAUGCGAGAGUCCGAUCGAUUGCGAUUUUAUCAAAAGCAAAGUUCCGGUGCCACCGAUCAGCAAGAGCCUGUGGACGUGUGCGGUGGAAGCUUCCGUAGAGUACUGCAGGAUUGCGUACGAUCUGUUUCCCGUGGGGAAAUUGAUACGCUUCGUAGUAAGUGAUACGGCGGCACAUAUAGUGAACACAUGGAACACGGGCACCCAAACCCUGACGCACAUACUGAACGCGAUGACGAUGGUUGGUGUACCGCCACGGCAAACGCAAGCAUCGGACUACUCGGUGAUACAUGGUUUACGAGCGGCUAUCGAGGCGCUGGCGGAACCGACCGAGUUUCAGAAGGAACAACUACUAGCCCAUGCAAAGAGUGACAAUGCGAAGCUGUUGAAUCGGGGCCGCGUAAUUUGCAUUACGUCUGCUCGGGAUGACGCCAGCAUGAAGAGCUUGGAGGACAUUUUCCGCACGGUGCUGGUACAGCAAAAUACGCUAGCCGGCCACAAGGAUUACAUCAGCAUUGACCAGUGCCAUCUCGUAAUCAUCAAUCUAUAUCCUGCCAAUAUGGAAUCAAUGGUUUCCAACCGUGCGCUGAUCGAAAUAUCGCCCAUACUGAUGUCGGAGAUACAUUCGAACAAGGCGAACAACAUAUCGAACAAGCUGACAAAUCUCAUCCUGCCACACUUUGAUCUAGCAAGCACAACGGUUACCGGGAUACCGAUGAAGGAAGAGCAAAACGCUAGCUCCAGUGCCAACUAUGAUGUGGAGAUUUUUCACGGGCGUACGGCUCACUCGGUGUUUCUCGGUACGGAGCUGGUGCUGCCGCACAGCUUAAAGGACGGUUCGGACUAUGAAACGGUCACGCUGAAAUGGUGCACGCCGCGCAGCUGUGGCUCUUCGGAAAUGCAACCCUGUCUGGCGCAGUGCCGUGUCACACCGGUUGAUGUAACCUCCCGACCAAGCUCAUGUUUAAUCAACUUCUUGCUAAGUGGCCGGUCGGUGUUACUGGAGAUGCCGAAGAAAUCGGGUGGCAAAAUUACGAGCCAUUUGCUAUCGGCUCACGGUGGAGAAAUUUUCAUUCACUCGCUCAACACCGCCCGCAGCUGUUUGGAAGAUCCGCCCUCCAUAUCGGAAGGUGGUGGUGGUCGUGUAACGGACUACCGUAUCAAAGAUUUUGGUGUACUAAUGCAGCAGCAUCGCUUAGUCCCGCUGAAACCAAUGCCCGAGCGGCAAACGGAUGAAAAUUUGCAAAAGAUGCGGACAAAGUUGUCACGAAACUCACGCUACUGGCCACUAACGCACAGUCGUACGGUGCUUUACAAUGUGCGACACUUUAUGGAACCGCUGUUGCUACUCACCCAAAAACCGGAACUGACCGAGGAUGAGAAAAUGAUGUGCCUGAAGUCGAUUUACAAUUUGUCUCAGCUGGAAGAACGGCAGGAGUCACUCGCUCUGUCCAACAUGGGCCAUCGAUUGAAGGGAAACAAAAAGGAAGAACAGUACAGACUGCUCUGGUCGGAGCUGGAAACAAUCGUCAACGGUAACGGAUCGACGCCCAACCAUAAGGCCAUCGUAAGCUGCAUUCGCGAAUGUCGACGCAUGUACCCGAAUGCGGAUGGCAGCGAUCCGUACGACAAAUCGCACGGCACGGAGAGCACCGUGACGGAUGCACACCGUGCCAGCGUAAUUCGGGCCACAACCGAUUCACCGAUGUCUCCACCACAUUCGAUGACUGGCAGCAGUGGUGGUACGGCCGGUAGUGGUAGCAGCGGUGCUGCUGGAGCUGUAACUGGCGAUUCUUCCUCCGGAACGGUCACUCUAGGUGCAGGCAAUGCAAAUGUUGCCGGAGUAGUUAGUUUGCUCGGAGGAACAUCACGGGUAGGCGUGGCAGUAAGCAGUAAGAAAAGCUUCGGUUCCGGUGGACGCUCGUUGUUUGACGCGUUGGCUAGUACGGAACGGGCGAUCAGUCAAAAGCGUAUCGAUUUCAGUGGUCGCCUUUGUACGCCAUCAGGACAGAUCGCGAAGCUGUAUUCGCAUCUAGGCUCGAAAGAUGCAGAAGGUGCUCAAGGUGCUAGACCGACGGAUGUAAAAUAAGGUUGGAAGCAUGAUAAUGAAACACAGUCCACAAGAGCUCGUUGGUAAAGGUUUCCAUGGGCGAACGCGAAAUGUACCAUUGCAAUUGCAAAGCUUAGCAUAAUGCUACAUGGAUCCUAAUUUUAUUGAUGGACUGGAAAAACAUACACACAUGCACUGCUCUCGUUACGCCUUACCUCAAGGAUGCUAUGAUAGGUAAGGAAUGCUGAUCUACUGCAUCUUCUGUUUGAUUUGAAACCCCCUGCACUCCUGGAUUCACCGACAACCACUUACCGAGAGGUGACUCUUUUGUCUCAAUCAUAUAAACUAAGGGUCUCUAAACUACGGUAAAAAACGGAUAAGCAUUAAGUAUAAAAACGUAAUAAGCAGGGGCUGCAUAGAAAUUUUGCCUCAUUACCGUUAUAAUUAUAUGCCAGGAGUUAAUAGACGUAGACGUAGAUUUUUUGAUUAUUAGCAAAUUUUUUAAACAAUUACACGCUUCAAAAACAAUAAUUUUUCAUAAAGGUGUUUUAUAGUUUUGUCAUUACAUGGAGCCACAUUUCUGACAAGUGAAAAGGAAACAAAUUUGAAAACAUGUGUAAUAUGGCGCGUGGAAAUAUGCCAACUCCAUAGAAAACCGUAUUUUUGUAUUCCAUACAGCUAUGUAUUACACCAUUUGGGUCUAUUUCAUAAACUGUUUUAAUUAUUCUCCAAAGCUAGGUGUCUCAUAGUUACGUUACGGGCUGUAAUUGAAAAGGUUAAAUAGCAUAAAUUUCGGAAAAAUGAUUGUGAGUACACAUAACGGUAACGGUUAUUGUGAAUUACAACAAUGCAUUUCCGUACGUUCUUAUUUGAAAAAAGGUACCCUUCACUGAAAUUGAAACACAAUUACAGAAAUAAGACAAAACAAGUGGCAAAAACACUAUAAUGAUGUUAAUAAUUGAAUCCCGCACCAUUGUGUAAAUAAACCCCUGCUAUAAAGAAUAUCCCUGGUCGACUACUAGUUGUAGUAUUGCUGCUGCAGCUCCCUCCCGUCCCCGUUAAACCGGUCAUGUGAUAUGUACUAUUUUCAUUGUAAAAAAAGAAAUAAAAUCGAAACAAUAGACGGAGGUAUUUUUUUUUGAAGCAUAAAAAAUAGUACUUUUUUAUUUUUCAGUUUUUCUUACCUUUUUCUUUGAUCAGUAAAAAAUAGUUAAAAAAUUAAACUACCUUGAUAGGAAUACAAAAAUUUGCUCUACCUCUUGUUUUUUUUCCUUAUUCUUCUCGUAAAGGGCUAGCCGC